AUGACGAGCACCGCAUCGCGGGCGGCGUGCGAGUCAGGCCACUCGCCUCAGCGCCGCGGCGUUCCCAGCGCGCGCACGCUCUACCUUCCGCCGAGCACGGAGGCGCAGGAUGAUCCCCGCAUGACCCGUCCUGCGGGCCAAACACGUGGCGGACGAGCCCACACUGCCGCCGCCGCCUUUCAAGGCACUGAGCCUCGGAUGACGGAUGACGAUGGUGGCGCGCGGGAAGACAGGGCGCGGUGCCAGAAAGCUGCGGACACCACGACGGUGGACAGCCUCGGGCCCAGCGCCCAGCGGGCGCCCAUGUUGUCCCCCCAUCAAGCUGUCGAGCUGUCGCGCUGUCGAGCCGCCGAGCCGUCAACCCGCGGUACGAGGAUCUGUCAAACCUCCAAGCAGCAAUCAUCAGGCAGCAUCGAGCAGCAUCAAGCCGUAAAACCGUCAACCCGUGGAACCGGCGAUCGCGCGCACGCCACGCCUGAAGCGACCCCCCGGGGCCCCGUCCCGGCAGGCGCGGCGCUCAUCCUCGCAUCCCACGCUGUCACUCUGUCAUCGUACAGACAAGCAGCGCAGACGGAGCGCUGCGUUCAGGCCCUCGCCGCCGGGGCUCCGCGGCGGGCGGUGCGGCCUGCCCCUCAAGAACGGGUCCGACGAUGCCCGGCGGUCUACAUUCAUGAUACGUCGGGUAUCGCGAUCCAACUCGCAGAGCGGACAAGUAACAAUAAGGGGUCGCCACUCGCUCCGGUAUUCAUUCGCCCGCCCGCCCGCCCACCCACUAGCGUCGUCGUCGCCCCCGCCGUCGCGCCAGAUAUGAAGCCCAUGAGGCCUGGCCUAGCCAGCGCAAUAAGUACGCCAUCUGUUGAAUCUGUUCCGAACCCUGGGUCUAGUUAUCUGUAUGAACGCAGUGGCCGAGCGGAGCGAUGCACGCGUGUCGUCAUUCACAUCCCGGAGGACUCCAGGCGAGUUCGGCCUGCGCGGCGAGCUAUCCGCGGCGCCCGGAUAGGGCCCUCGCGUCGCCGCCGAGGCUCCGCGGCGGGCGGUGCGGCCUGCCCCUCGAGAACGGGUCCGACGAUGCCCGGCGGUCUGCGUGCGCGAUGCGUCGGGUAUCGCGAUCCAACUCGCAGAGCGGACGAGGAACAACAAGGGCCGCUCGCGCUGGUGGACAUUCGCCCACACUCGCGUUUCCGGCCAGAUGGAUAUGCGAACGCCCGUCGGGCCUCGCAAAAAGAGCAGAUCGGGCUCACAUCUAGAGCUCGGACAACAAGGACGUGCGCAGCACAAUAUCUGAGCGGUGUCAUCCCGCUUCGCUCUCCCCAGGCGCGGUCGCAGGCGCAGUCGCAGUCGCAGCCGUCGCCUCAGAUUCGAGAACCAGCCUGCAGCGCAACGAGCCUUUUGCUCUUCCCAAUCUCGAGCGAAAUCCGAAGCGCGGCUCCCGCAAGCGACACUCGAACGUAG